CCGCCGGCGCCCUCUCUCGGUUUUAACUGCAACAGUUGACUUGUACAGAUUCUAGAGACGAACAUACUUCUUCAUCAUGGCUGGCUCAGACUCCGGGAAAACUACCCAAGAGGGGAGUGGUAACAAAAGUGAUGGUGCCAGUUUUGGCUUCAAGAUGUACAUCUUGUUGGUGCUGACCCUCAACGCCACCGGGUACAUCCUCCUGAUCCGCUACACCCGCUCCAGGGACGACGUACCCAUGUACUUCAGCACCACCACCGUCCUCCUGUCUGAGUGCUCCAAGCUCUCCAUCAGUCUCAUCCUCCUCAUCAAGGAGCAUAAGAGCGUGGUAGGGAUGAUCAGGGACGUCUACCACAACGUCCUCUGCAACCCUUCGGAUACCUUCAAGAUGUGCAUCCCGAGCAUCAUCUACGCACUGCAGAACAACCUGGCCUUUGUGGCCCUGUCCAACCUGGAUGCUGCAACGUAUCAGAUAACGUAUCAGUUGAAGAUCAUCACGACGGCGGUGUUCAUGGUGGUGAUGAUAGGGAAGAAGAUCAACCCAAUGCAGUGGCUGGCAAUCUUUCUCCUCUUCGCCGGUGUGGCAGCGGUCCAGGUGGAAUCAGCAAACACAAAAGAAGAUAUGAAACAUUAUAAUUACAUGAAGGGAUUAAUAUCGAUCAUAGUCUCGUGUCUCUGCUCAGGAUUUGCAGGUGUAUAUUUUGAAAAAGUUCUGAAAGGAACAGAAACGACGUUAUGGAUACGGAAUGUUCAGAUGUACCUAUUUGGGAUCCUGAGUGGUCUUGUAGCAGUAUUCACCAAAGAUUAUAACAACGUCAUGACGCAUGGAUUCCUCUAUGGCUAUGACGUAUACGUUUUUGUGAUUAUAGGAAUGGCGAGUAUAGGAGGCCUAUACACCUCCAUUGUAGUCAAGUACCUGGACAACAUCAUCAAGGGUUUCUCCACCGCUGUAUCUAUCGUCAUGGCAGCUCUAGGAUCGUUUCUGUUCUUCGGAAAGUCGUUUGGCUAUCUGUUCAUGGGCGGAUCGGUUCUUGUGACUGUCGCCAUCUAUCUCUACAGCCUCCCCAAGCCGGCUGCAGGCGGCCCGCAGAAGGCCCGGGGGCCACAGAACGUCUAGGGGCUCCGUCGAUGGGCUAGUCUAUGGACCGAAGGGGGAAAGCUCCCCAUGAUUUGUAAAUCAGGCUCUGUUUAAAGUCACGCACCGCUGCAAUGCGGCCCUUGGAUUUACAGUUCCAUCGAGCCACUUGCAAAUGGAUUCGUUGGGGGUAAUCCCCUCAUUAGUGCAGCGGUCACCGUGGAAAUAGUGUACCUCUGAUACCUCAGUUCUUGGUGCUUUUAGAGCAACCACCGAAAGAGAGAGAAAUUGGUGAAUCUGUCGUGUCAACUCCCUGCUCGAAUGUGUCACUGCUUAUCUAGGACUGUACAAUGCAAUCUCGCACCUAAAAACCAACAUCAAAACAUUUAGUAGUGUUAUGUAUACUAUAGCAUUUGGCAAACACUGUGUGUUUACGAGGUGCGGUUGGAAAGCUGUGUAUUUUUAGUGUUAUAAAAUGUAUAUCAAGUGUAUUUUUGUUUGUAGUGUGUUUCCAUUUCUCUCGGGAAGUUUGUACUUUAAAUUAUUCAAGUAGACUAGUACUCAUAUUGUCACAUCUUGCUAUUUGUACCUAUUUAAAGACUUAAGCCUUUAAUCCAUGUUCAGAUAUGACGCGGCAAAAUGUUUCUUGAUUAAAAUGACAGAUUUUCUAUUCCGUUUGGAAAUUAUAAAUCAG